UUUUCCUUUUCAUGCCGCACUGAUUCACAACACAGAGACUCCCUCGCCGAACCCUUAGACGCCGCCGCCGUCUCUCUCGUUUCUUCAAAGAUGCCGCCGAAGUUCGAUCCGUCACAAGUCGUCGACGUCUAUGUCCGCGUCACCGGAGGUGAGGUCGGAGCAGCGAGUUCACUCGCUCCUAAGAUCGGACCACUCGGUCUCUCUCCAAAGAAGAUCGGAGAAGACAUUGCAAAGGAAACCGCCAAGGACUGGAAGGGUCUCAGAGUUACAGUCAAGCUUACCGUUCAGAAUCGUCAGGCUAAGGUCUCCGUCGUCCCAUCCGCCGCUGCUCUCGUGAUUAAAGCUCUCAAGGAGCCAGAGCGUGAUCGUAAGAAGGUGAAGAACAUCAAGCACAGCGGCAACAUUUCUCUCGAUGACGUGAUUGAAAUCGCGAAGGUUAUGCGUCCGAGGUCAAUGGCUAAGGAGUUGCAAGGAACUGUGAAGGAGAUUCUCGGAACUUGUGUUUCUGUUGGAUGCACGGUUGACGGAAAAGAUCCGAAGGAUUUGCAGCAGGAAAUAGCUGAUGGUGAUGUUGAGAUUCCUCAGGAUUGAUCGAGGUUCUUUUCGUAUUCAAUUGAAAAAGUAUGUUAGUUCUUCUGUUAUUGUCUGUUUUGAUAUUUUGAGAAUUUUUAUCGAGCUUUACUUCUAUCUUAUCACCAUUUUCAUUAGUGAAUAUGGAGACUUUUUGGCAAAAUGUUCAAUUUUGAUUUCGAAUCA